CAUUGAAGUUUCGAUUUCUCCAUACACGUAUCCGUCACAUACCUAUACCGGAAACUGUCGAGUGAGAACUUACAUCACUGAGGUCAAAAUGACGGAUCCCGAUCCAGACCGCCAUCUGAAGAAAGUGUUGAAUGUGAUUGGUGUUAGUACGAAAAUUGGCAAUGUGGUACAAUUGGUCAAACGAAGACGCGGAAGUCCACCGAAGAUUACGGAGGAGCAAGAAAUUCAGCAGCGACUUGAGAAAUCCAAAGAGGCUCGCUCCGAACGUCUCAACAUCUUGUCCACCAAGCAUCGACACGUGCUAGAGGUGGGUGCGUAUAUUUUAGCCGAAGAUCAAGACUAUGUUGCGGAAUGUGUUGCGGAUCGUAUGUACGAUGUGCAGCUGCUGGACAGCUUCUUCGAGCCAGACGGUGUGAAGGCGUUGCUACUGUUCCAUGGUAUGUGCGCUCCGCCAGGGAUGGAUACGGGAAGAUACAAUGCGAAGGUAAAGCAGUCCACUAUGCAAGUUUGGAUCACGGAUGGACGCAAUGAUAAAGUGACGGUGGUCUGUGUAGGAGUGACUCGGCACAGUAAUGCUAAACCAAUUGAAACCAAAGGACUUAGCGAUGAAAUCUUAUUCACCUACAUCACAAUUCCUUCCGGCAGCUCGAUUGUCUACUGUUUGGUAUCGAUCUUGGAGAAAGUUCUUAAGCCAGCCGUCGAUGAUAUCCGCGACUACGGGCAUUGCAAUGAUGUUCAAAAGAGCAACUUCAAGUACGGCGUGAAUCGAUUCAUUAAUUUCCUCAAAAGCACAGAAAAGGACAUCUCACAACGAAUCGUGUUUGAUGUGGACCGCGAUUUGUAUCUGGGCUUUCUGUUAACUGCCGUCCAAAUAGCAGAAACAGCGCGCGAUAAAGAACGGAUGAGUCGUGUUGAGCACAUUUUUAGUAGAUGGAUGGAGCAAGUACAGCAUGCACUUACGCAGGGUGAUCAGAUCGAACAAUCGCCCCAUCACGCGGGACCGCUGGUUGAGCUGGAAUAUUGGCGUACCAUACUGACGCGCUACACAUCAAUCAGUGAAUUUACCGAGAGUAAAAUUUUUUUACAAUUUUUGGAAUCUUUGAAAAUAUCUCGCGCCAAGCUGGUCAAAGUUUGGGACGGUUUAGCGGCAGAACUGUCCGGCAAGUUGAUCGAGUCUCGAGAUAACGUACGCUUCAUCAGCUCCAUCGAACGUUUUUGGGACCCUUUGUACCGGUGUAACCCCCAGGAAGCAACACGUAGCAUUCCGAGCCUGCUGGAAGUAAUUCGCCAUGUAUACAAAUCGUCCAUGUACUACAACACGUCGGAUCGAAUAACAGGACUGCUGACAAAGAUUGCAAAUCAGAUCAUCAUCAACUGCAGGCUCUUUCUGACCGAUCGUGGAACGAUCCGAAUAUAUCAACAGCCCAAGACAAUGCUGAUAAGUAAAAUCACCAUUUGCCACCAGCUGGACGCUGCAUUUCGGGACAGCUAUAAUCAAACGGUGCAGAACAUGCAGAAUAGUCCUAGCGAAACACCGUGGGAAUGCUCCAAAGUGUUUAUUUUUGGAAAAUUGAACCAUUUCAAGUUACGCUUAGCCCGAAUACUGGAGGUCAUGGAGUUGUUUCUGAAGUAUGAAGUUAUCGACCAGGUGGCCAUUUAUGGGACAGACGUUUUUUCAGGUCGGAUUAAAGCCGCGUACGAAGCGCUCAUCUCGAAACCGUAUGAUCCUCUGAUUUAUACCGAGCAUCAGUUUGACACGGACUAUGAAUGCUAUCUGAAAGAGGUUGAAAUAGCUGAAUCGGGGCUACAAAAGUAUCUCAAAGCCCAACUAGCCAACGAGUGUACCGUCGACGGUAGCCUUUUGAUCUUGAAGAGAUUUGAGAAACUGCAACUCGAUUGUUUGUGCAUCGAUCGACGCUAUCUGGAUGUUGCAGUGAUGCUGGAAAAAGAAAUCUUUCAGUUUAAAGAUAUAUACAAUGAGAAUCGGGCCAGUCCACCAGUUCCGUACGGUGUUCCAGAAACGGUUGGACGCAUUAUGUGGGCUCGAGCAUUGUUUCGUCAAAUGGAUGUGCCGCUUGCGUCCCUGAAGAAUCGAUCGUGUGUCUUAAAUCAUCGGAAGGCGCAACUCUGCAUUAAAUAUUACAACUAUCUGAGUGAAGUGUUGAUUCACUACGAACUGCUACACCAUAAAGCAUGGAUGAUGUUUGCAGAGAAGGCAAGAAACAAACUAUCCACACCGGUGUACCGUAAGCGUGAUACAGAUAACUGGUUGGAGCUAAACUUCCAUCCGUGGAUCAAGCAAGUCAUCAGAGAAACGGAAGUAGUUCUUAAGCUUGGUAUGAGCGUGCCAGAUUUCACAAUUGUUCUCGUGCAAAACAAAGAGCAAAUCGAUCGACGCUUUGAAAGAGCCAAGCAUCUACUGCGCCAGAAUAAUGAGCUCCGUUUAGCCAUUCCUCCCAUAUUUUUACCUUUGAUGAGAACGAUGUUGGUGAAACUGGACAAAGUGUUCCUGCCCGGCUUGUGUGUCAUUACGUGGGAGUCCUUGAAUAUUGACACAUAUCUGGACGAUGUUGAAAGCACACUGGUGGAGACGGAACAAUUCUACAAGGAAGUUCAUGAUAUUUGGCAGGCUCGUGUUGAAGACACGUUGAAUUCCUUUGAGAGCACAGACCUCCUUACGCUUCCUGCUGAUCCAGUGGAUCCUAAUGAGUUCUACGACAUGAACAACCGAUACCGUCAAUCGGUGCAAGUUUACCUGGAAAAGAAAUCACAGGCCAUGGAAGGUGCAGUUAUAGAAUUGAUCAACAAGUUUGUCCAAAAAAUACAAGUUCCAGAUACUGAUGAUCGUGGUAUUCGGAGAUAUCAACUUCCGCUUGGUGAAAUUAACGACGAAAAUAGGCGCAAAGAGGAACAACUCCCAACAGACAAGUUCGAUUGGAUUCGCUUCGAUAAGCUGUAUAAAACGCCUGCUAAUCCGACUCCGGAGGCACACCUGGAAGCACUUUUCCAGGACUAUGGAGCAUUAAAUUACGACGUUAGUACACUGCACAUUGACUGCAUGGAACUGUUUGCAUAUUUUAACAAUCGAAUUAUAAACGUGUUUGUACAUAUGGUAAAGAAUUCGUUAGAAAAAUUACGCACCAGGCUCGAGUUGGUGCGCUUACAGCUAAACAAGGCGGCUAUUUUAAGCGAGAUUCAACCGCUCAUCGUAACCGCAAUGCAACUGCAAGGGGAUUGCUGCGACAUCAUACCAUCUCUGGAGGACAUACAGCUUGCAUUUGAUAGAGUUGUGCUGAAUGUGAUAGAAACGUUUUACGCCAUUUCGACCUGGGGCCGGCAAGCAAAGUCGACCGAGAGGAAAACGCGGCGACCAGUGCUGGCGGAACAGCGUGCGGAACGGGAUUGGUUUAAACUCCUAUCGGAGCACAAAGAGGUAACCAGAAUGAAGCAUGAAUUUGAUGGCGGAAUGUUCCUUCUGAAACCCGAUGUGAACUAUGUGUUGAAGCAUGUGUACACCCAUUACGAGUACCUUUGGAAACAAAAUUUGUUCACUAUCGCACCAGAAGCAAAACCGGAACUAUUCGAAAAGAUCAAGGAAGAUCUUGCAUCCGUCAAGUACAGCAGUCACAUUGGGCCGAUUGUCAUCAAACUAGACGCUGUUGUUGAGCUUGUGCUUCGGCGCUUCCUUGCUUUCUAUAACACCCGGAUAGAAGAAAUAGUUGCCUUUAUCAUGCAACACGAUGAAACUCUCAAACGUACGCUCACUGAUUUGGACGACAUUCGCAUGGCAAUGGACUGUUUGCAAACGGUGCAGGAUAACUUUUCCUUUAUCGAUGUUGAUCUUACGUUCAUCGAGCAAACCUAUCGCACAUUGGCCGACUUUGAGCAGCUCGAAAUAACCCAGGAACAAGUGGAUAGUGUCUAUGGUAUUCGCGACACAUUCAAGGCGAUGAUCAAAUUAGUGGAAAAAGUCGAAAACGACAUUAUAGCCUUGCAGGUACCGCUGCAACGAGAACUAGCUGCAGGAGUGGCAAAAUUCAACGAAGAAAUCACCGGAUUUGAUCAAGAGUUUGAAACGAACGGCCCAAUGGAGGAAGGUAUACCUGCAAAAGAAGCUAGCGAUCGACUGCUCAUGUUCCAGGGACAAUUCGACGAGCUGUGGCGCAAGUUCGAAAUGUACGCGAACGGUGAAGCGUUCUUGGGGCUGAUAGUGAACGACUAUCCGGUGCUGCACAAGCGGAAGAAAGAAUUCAACCUGCUCAACAAACUGUAUUCACUGUACCUGCAAGUGAUGAAAAGUAUUGAUCAGUAUUACGAAACCCCAUGGCAGGAUGUGAACAUAGAGGACAUAAAUGCAGAACUAACCGAUUUCCAGAACAGAUGCCGAAAGCUUCCAAAAGCGAUGAAAGAUUGGCCCGCUUAUAUUGAGUUGAAGAUGAAGAUUGAUGAUUUCAACAAUAGUUGCCCACUGUUGGAGCUUAUGUGCAACGAAGCAAUGAAAGACCGUCACUGGGAAAAGUUGGAACAGAUGCUGGAUUGUAAAUUUGACGUUACAUCGCCGACGUUUACUUUAGGCAACAUUAUGGAAGCACCGCUGCUCAAGUUUUCUGACGACAUCGAAGACACGUGUAUUGGUGCUGUGAAGGAGAAUGAUAUCGAUACCAAGCUGCGCACGAUCGUCGCUGAGUGGUCUACGGUGAACCUACAGUUUACUGGCUUUAAAACACGCGGCGAGCUGCUUAUCAAACCUGCAGAAACCGUCGAGAUCAUAUCGAUGCUCGAGGAUAGUAUCAUGAUCGUCAACUCGUUAGCAUCAAAUCGAUUCAAUGCACACUUUAAGAAGGAUAUCAUGAUGUGGUUGCACAAGUUGGUGAACACUGGAGAAAUUCUUGAGAAAUGGUUACAAGUGCAGAACCUGUGGAUAUACUUGGAGGCUGUGUUCGUCGGCGGUGAUAUUUCUAAGCAGUUGCCACAGGAUGCGAAAAGAUUUGCAGGAAUCGACAAGAGUUGGGUGCGUAUAAUGUUCCGCGCCCGUGAUAAUCCAAACGUAGUUCAGUGCUGUACGGGUGAAGACGUCAUGUCGUACACUCUAACUUCUUUGCUGGAACAGCUAGAGACUUGCCAAAAGUCCCUUACCGGAUACCUUGAAUCGAAGCGACUCCUAUUUCCACGCUUUUUCUUCAUCUCCGAUCCUGUAUUGCUGGAAAUUCUUGGCCAAAGUUCUGAUCCGACUUCCAUUCAAGCACAUCUAUUAAGCAUUUUCGACGCAGUUGCUAAGGUGGAGUUUGAUGAAAAAACGUUUGGAAAAAUCAUAGCGCUUUAUUCGGAUAACGGAGAGCGUGUUCCCUUGACUAAUCCUGUGUUCUGUACUGGCGGAGUGGAGAUGUGGCUCGGUAGUCUGCUAGGUGAAAUGCAAGAUACCAUUCGAACAAUAUUAACUCAAAUGGCACACUGCCUUGCUAGUCCUGACUUCAAUUUUAUCGCCGGGUUCCAAGAAUUUUGCGGCCAGGCGGGACUCGUAGGAGUUCAAUUGUUAUGGACAAACGAAGCCGAAAUAGCCCUUAGCAGGUGUCGAGUGGACAAAGCGAUUAUGCGUGUUACGAACAAUAAGUUCCUAAAUCUCCUGAACAGUCUGAUCGAGCUGACGGUAAAGGAUUUAACGAAAUUGGAACGCAUUCGGUUCGAAACAAUGGUUACCAUACACGUUCAUCAACGCGACAUUUUCGACGAUUUGGUGCGAUUCCGUAUUCGAACGGCAUUGGAUUUUGAGUGGCAAAAACAGGCCCGGUUUUACUAUAUCGAAGAAACGGACGACGUAAUUGUGAAGAUAACGGACGUGGAUUUCAUUUAUCAAAACGAAUAUCUUGGCGUAACGGAGCGAUUGGCCAUCACACCGCUAACUGAUCGGUGCUAUAUCACGCUUGCCCAAGCAAUCGGUAUGUCAAUGGGCGGAGCACCAGCUGGUCCUGCAGGAACAGGGAAGACAGAAACCACCAAGGAUAUGGGUCGCGCAUUAGGAAAGCUGGUAGUGGUCUUCAACUGCUCAGAUCAGAUGGAUUUCCGUGGCUUGGGUCGUAUUUACAAAGGUCUCGCUCAAUCUGGUUCCUGGGGUUGUUUUGAUGAGUUCAAUCGUAUCGAGCUUCCUGUUUUGUCCGUAGCAGCACAACAAAUCCACAUCGUACUCACCGCUAGGAAGGAAAAGAAGACAUCUUUCUUAUUUAGUGAUGGCGACACAGUUUCAUUAAAUCCAGAAUUCGGUCUCUUCAUUACUAUGAAUCCCGGAUACGCAGGACGACAGGAGCUACCGGAGAACUUGAAAAUCAUGUUUCGCUCCGUUGCAAUGAUGGUUCCUGAUCGGCAGAUUAUUAUGCGUGUUAAAUUGGCUAGCUGCGGUUUUAAGGACAAUGUCAUACUUGCUCGAAAAUUCUUUACGCUAUACAAACUUUGCGAGGAACAACUGUCGAAACAGGUUCAUUACGAUUUCGGCUUACGGAACAUUUUGUCUGUUCUGAGAACGCUGGGCGCACAGAAGCGAGCGAAUCCCACCGAUACGGAGGAAACCAUCGUAAUGCGUGUGUUACGUGAUAUGAAUGUUUCGAAGCUGGUUGAUGAGGAUGAGCCUUUGUUUAUUUCACUGAUUGAGGACCUAUUCCCGGGCAUAAAGCUUAGCACUUCUAGUUAUAAAGAGCUGCAGAAAGCCAUAGCUAACAGUGCAGAAUCUCUUGGGCUGAUGAACCAUCCCGAGUGGAAUUUGAAAGUAAUUCAGUUGUAUGAAACGUCCCUUGUGCGACACGGUCUCAUGACACUUGGACCUACCGGAGCGGGCAAGACGCAGUGUAUAUUGACACUGCUGAAGAGUUUCACCGAGCUGGGCGUGCCGCACAAGGAGAUUCGUAUGAACCCGAAAGCGAUCACCGCUCCCCAGAUGUUUGGAAGGCUCGACGUGGCCACAAAUGACUGGACGGAUGGAAUCUUUUCGACCUUGUGGCGCCGAACGCUGAAGGUGAAGAAAACGGACUUUGUGUGGCUUGUACUAGAUGGACCAGUCGAUGCGGUGUGGAUCGAGAACUUGAAUUCCGUACUCGACGAUAACAAAACACUAACUCUGGCAAAUGGCGAUCGUAUUACGAUGGCUCCGAACGCAAAGCUAGUCUUUGAGCCCGACAACGUAGAUAACGCGUCACCCGCUACCGUGAGUCGCAUGGGCAUGGUAUUCAUGAGUGCGUCCGUCAUGAAGUGGGAACCGAUUUUGAACGGUUGGCUCAAAACUAAACCAGCAGAUCAGAGUGAUCUAUUGAGGCGCUUGUUUCUCAAAAUUUACAACGAUUUGCAUGAAUUCGUUCAAACGAAACUUAAAGCAAAAAUGAAGAUACUAGAAGCAAUUUACAUUCGGCAGUGCUGUGAUCUCCUGGAAGGAUUAUUGGCCCCACGGAAUGAAAACGAAACAUCAGCUGACUUGACGGAUGCUCAUGUGGAGAGACUGUUUUUGUUUUCGUUGAUGUGGUCUUUAGGUGCCGUACUUGAGCUGGAGGAUCGUGAAACUAUGGGAGAAUUUAUAGCGAGACACCCAUCCAAAAUGAAAUGGCCAAAGUUACAACCGGGAGAAACCAUUUUCGAAUAUGUCGUAUCAGCAGAGGGUAAUUGGCAACAUUGGAACGAACGUGUGGAGGAAUAUAUCUACCCUAGUGACAGCGUUCCGGAGUUCGCCAGUAUCCUAGUGCCAAACGUGGACAAUGUGCGCACUUCAUUUCUUAUCGACUUGGUUGCAAGACAAAGUAAAGCGGUUCUGUUGAUCGGUGAACAAGGCACAGGCAAAACCGUCAUGAUCAAGGGCUACAUGUUGCAGUACGAUCCCGAAUAUCAUCUAUCGAAAAGCUUUAACUUUUCAUCUGCCACCACGCCAAACAUGUUCCAGCGGAUCAUCGAAUCGUACGUGGAGAAACGCGUUGGCACAACCUAUGGACCGCCGCAACAACGCAAGAUGUCCAUCUUUGUCGAUGAUAUCAACAUGCCGAUCGUAAACGAGUGGGGUGACCAAGUAACGAAUGAGAUCGUGCGCCAGCUGAUGGAAAAUCGUGGUUUUUAUUCGUUGGACAAACCUGGCGAUUUCUUAACUGUGCUGGACAUUCAAAUGUUAGCCGCAAUGAUUCAUCCGGGUGGUGGUAGAAACGACAUACCACCUCGGCUAAAGCGUCAAUUUUGCAUUUUCAACUGCGCUAUUCCAAGCAACAAGUCGAUGGAUAAAAUAUUCGGUGUGCUUGGUGAAGGAUACUUCUGUGACACUCGGUUCAAUGAAAUGCUGGUUCGGUUUGUUCCUCAGCUUGUUCCAUUAACACGCAAAAUAUGGCAAGCAACAAAGGUAAAGAUGCUGCCAACACCGGCCAAAUUCCAUUACGUAUUCAACCUGCGAGAUCUUUCUCGAAUAUGGGAAGGCAUGCUGAAAGUCAAAUCGGAACAGUGUGGAACCAUUCAAACAGCCAUAAACCUCUGGAGGCACGAAUGCACACGAGUGAUAGCGGAUAGAUUUACCAAUUUUGAAGAUCGUUCUUGGUUUGUGCACCAUUUGCGGUCGGUAGCUGAACAGGAACUUGGGCCAGAUUUUGUACACUAUCAGGAAGAAGAACAGUUCUUUGUCGACUUUCUCCGGGAUGCACCGGAACCGACAGGCGAAGAAGGAGAUGAUGUCAGUUUAGAACCGCCCAAACUGUAUGAAGAAAUGCCAGGUUUCGAUGAAACGACAGCUCGGAUUAAAAUGUUUCUGGAACUGUACAACGAACAGAUACGAGGAGCCACAAUGGACUUGGUGUUCUUCCGCGAUGCCUUAAUCCAUUUGAUGAUCAUCUCGCGUAUUAUAGGAACUCCACGCGGGAACGCACUGCUAGUCGGUGUAGGUGGAUCAGGGAAACAGAGCUUAACUCGUCUGGCAUCUUUCAUUGCGGGCUACAAGUUUUACCAAAUCACGCUAACUAGAGCCUACAAUGUGAAUAACCUAAUGGAAGAUCUCAAGUAUCUAUAUCGUGUGUCCGGUGUUGAUGGUCAAGGAAUAACGUUCAUUUUUACCGAUAAUGACAUCAAGGACGAAGGCUUCCUGGAGUACAUUAACAACGUACUCAGCUCGGGUGAAAUUGCUAAUCUUUUUCCGAAGGACGAAAUCGAUCAAAUUACCAAUGAACUUAUACCGGUAAUGAAGAAAGUCGAUCCCAAGCGCAUUCCUACGCAAGAUAAUCUGUACGAUUUCUUCAUCUCGCGAGCUCGAGCCAAUCUGCACAUUGUACUCUGUUUCUCGCCAGUCGGAGAAAAGUUCCGUAAUCGAUCACUCAAGUUUCCCGGUCUUAUCUCGGGCUGUACUAUUGACUGGUUCCAGCGGUGGCCGGAGGAUGCGCUUAUAGCCGUGUCGACGCAUUUCCUGCGCGACUACAAUAUCGUAUGCUCCGCCGACGUUAAGAUGCGCUUGAUCGAAAUUAUGGCAUUCGUGCAAAACCGUGUGGCUGAGAUUUGCCUCGAAUAUUUUGAACGAUUCCGCCGACAAGCACACGUAACGCCCAAAUCGUUCCUUUCGUUCUUGGAAGGUUACAAGGUGAUCUACAGGCAAAAGCACGAAAACAUUGCAAUUCUAGCAGGACGCAUGCAAACAGGAUUGGUAAAACUUAUUGAGGCAGCCAAAUCUGUUGAUGUGCUGCGCGUAGAACUGGAGGAAAAGGAGAAAGAUAUUGUCAUCGCCACUAAAGCGGCGGAAGUUGUAUUAGCCUCCGUGACAGAGUCCCAGCGUGCGGCCGAGGUGGUAAAAGCCGACGUGCUAGUGGUAAAGAACAAAGCUGACAUACUGGUAGAGCAAAUCCAAGCAGAUACGCUGGUCGCGGAGGACAAACUUGAAGCAGCGAGACCGGCGCUAGAACAAGCCGAAGCCGCCCUAAAAACUGUAACGGGAGCUGAUAUUGCGACGGUGCGGAAGCUCGGUAAACCACCGUACCUGAUCACAUUGAUCAUGGACGUUGUGCUAAUAUUGUUCGGAAGAAGAAUGGCUCCUGUGAAACCGGAUGAAGAACGCCAGUUUAUGCUAGCCUCUUGGGAACAGUCACUAAAAGUAAUGGCUGACACUGGUUUUCUAGGAAAAAUUGUUCGUUACCAAGCAGAUCUCAUCAACGCUGAAACGGUCGAUCUGAUGAUGCCGUAUUUCAACUAUCAUCUAUACACGUUUGAGGCGGCUAAGGCAGCGUGCGGCAACGUGGCCGGUUUACUGAAGUGGACUGUUGCCAUGGCUGACUUCUACGACGUAAAUAAGGACGUUUUACCAUUGAAGGCCAACUUGGUUCGACAGCAGAAGAAGCUAGACAUUGCCAUGGCAGAGAAGGGUGCCGCAGAGGCGCUGCUAAAAGCUAAAGAGGAGGAACUGGCCGUGGUUCAGCAAAUGUUUGACGAGGCGAUGGCAAAGAAAAAAGCCGUGCUGGAUGAUGCGAAACAAUGUCAAGACAAGAUGGAUGCGGCAUCCGCACUGAUAGAUGGGUUGGCUGAUGAGCGAGUUCGAUGGACGGAACAGUUGGAGCAAUUUAAAGACGAAACGGAACGACUUGUAGGCGAUGUGCUAAUUCUAACCGGGUUUCUUUCCUACACCGGGCCAUUCAAUCAGGAGUAUCGCACUGCACUUCAGACGAGUUGGCAAAGCGAACUUAGCAAACGUAGGAUCCCAGUUUCCAGAAUUAUCAAUAUUACGGAAAAUCUUACCGACCCUGCAACCAUUGGAGAGUGGAACUUGCAGGGAUUACCGAAUGAUGAGCUUUCGAUUCAGAAUGGAAUCAUAGUGACGAAGGCAGCCCGCUAUCCAUUGCUUAUAGAUCCACAAUCACAAGGAAAAAUGUGGAUCAGGAACAAGGAAAACGAUUUCGGGCUAGUGGUGACUUCGCUCAAUCACAAAUACUUUCGAAAUCAUAUUGAAGACUGUGUGUCACUUGGUUAUCCCAUGCUGAUAGAGGAUAUUGGCGAAGAACUCGACCCCGUACUGGAUAAUGUGUUGGAAAAGAACUUCAUCAAAAUGGGCAAUACGUUUAAGGUGAAGGUAGGCGACAAAGAAGUGGAUGUGAAUGAUUCAUUCCGCAUGUAUAUGACCACAAAACUACCGAACCCACUGUACACGCCGGAAGUCUCAGCUCGAACAUCUAUAAUUGAUUUUACCGUUACGAUGCGAGGUUUAGAAGAUCAAUUGUUGGGGCGAGUGAUCCUUACAGAGAAACGGGAGCUGGAAUCAGAACGUACGAACUUGAUCAAGGAUGUUACUGCAAAUCGUCGUAAAAUGCAGGAACUGGAAGCUAAUCUGCUACACAAACUUUCCACCACACAAGGUAGUUUGGUAGACGAUGUAACAGUAAUAGGAGUGUUGAAUACCAGCAAGAUCACUUCCAUUGAAGUGCGUGAGAAGCUAAAGAUCGCUCGGGAAACGGAAAUCAAAAUCAAUCGAGCUCGCGAAGAGUAUCGACCUGUAGCUGCGAGAGGCAGUGUCUUGUAUUUUCUUAUAUGCAGUAUGACCAUGGUGAACAACAUGUAUCAGACUUCACUUGUACAGUUUCUCGAACGGUUUGAUAUUUCCAUGUCACGCUCUGAUCGGCAUCCGGUACCAACUAGGCGCAUUAACAACAUCAUCGAAUACCUCACAUAUGAUAUCUUCCGGUAUGUGUGCCGAGGAUUGUAUGAAGUACACAAAUACCUUUUCGUUCUGCUGAUGGCACUAAAUAUCGAUCUGGAUCGGAAGACAGUAACGCAUGCGGAGUUCCAAACAUUCAUCAAAGGAGGAGCUGCGUUGGACAUAAAUACAUGUCCGGAGAAACCAUUCAAGUGGAUAGCCGACGUGACUUGGUUAAAUUUGGUGCAACUUUCCAAGCUCGAUCAUUUCGGUGCUCUCCUCGAUAGCAUACGUAGUAACGAGAAAGGUUGGAAAGCGUGGUUCUCGAAAGAAGCACCUGAAGAGGAGCCUUUACCGCCGGAAGGAGGCUACCAAUCGAUGGAUGCCUUCCGACGUCUGUUGCUUAUCCGAGCCUGGUGUCCGGACAGAACACUCUUUCAAAGUCGACGGUAUCUUGGCAUGUCACUUGGUGAACGUUUUGCGGAUCCAGUUAUCAUCAAUUACGACGCACUGCUCGAGGAGAGCCGGCCUUUGACACCGUUAGUUUGCUUUUUGUCUAUGGGUUCCGAUCCGACGCCUAGCAUUGAAAAUUUGGCCAAAAAGAAUGGUUUCAAGUGCCGUUCAAUUUCUAUGGGCCAGGGACAGGAGGUGCAUGCACGCAAGCUUGUCGGUACCUCGUUAGAAGAAGGUUCAUGGGUAUUACUGCAGAAUUGCCAUCUUGGAUUGGAGUACAUGAAUGAGCUAAUGUUGCAGAUAUUGGAUUUGGAACGAUUAGGCCCUACAGCGUAUCACGAAAAUUUCCGCAUUUGGAUGACGACCGAACCACAUCCGCAGUUCCCGAUCACAUUUCUACAGAUGGCGUUGAAAUUCACCAACGAGCCACCGUCCGGCGUGAAGGCCGGCUUGAAGCGGACCUACGCGUCGAUGUCGUUGGAGAUGUUUGAAUACAGUGACUCCUUACUCUAUGUGCCACUGAUAUAUGGCAUAUCGUUUCUUCAUACGGUUGUACAAGAACGACGAAAGUUUGGUCCCUUGGGAUGGAACAUUCCAUAUGAGUUCAAUUCUGCCGAUUGGCUUGCAAGCUGCAUGUUUGUACAGAACCAUCUGGAUACACUGGACCCAAAAGUGGGCCGUGUAAGCUGGAAAACAAUGCGCUACAUGUUAGGCGAGGUGCAGUACGGUGGCCGUGUUACCGAUGACUACGACAAGCGGUUGCUCAAUACCUUCGCCCGCGUCUGGUUCUCAGAUGCAAUGUUUGAGGAAACAUUCCGCUUCUUCCGGGAGUAUCGUAUUAUGCGCUUCAAGACUAUCGAGGAGUACCUUGAAGCGAUCGACAACAUGCCACUCGUCGAUCCUCCGCAAGUUUAUGGAUUGCACUCAAACGCCGACAUUACAUACCAGAGUAAUACAACGAAGGAAAUUUUAGACACGAUCCUUUCUAUUCAACCAAAAGAAUCUUCCGGCGGUGGUGGUGAGACUCGUGAAGUUGCUGUUGCACGAAUGGUGCAUGACAUGUUAGGCAAGGUUCCUCCUCCAUACGAUCCAUAUGCGGUCAAGGAACGUUUACGAAUCAUGGGCCAUCAAGAGUCCAUGAAUAUCUUUUUGCGCCAAGAAAUCGAUCGUAUUCAGCGCAUCUUACUGCUCGUGCGUCAAACGCUAGACGAUCUGCUGUUAGCCAUCGACGGAGUGAUUAUAAUGAAUGAGCAGCUCCGGGAUGCGCUAGAUAACAUCUACGAUGCCCGAGUACCGACCGUCUGGAAGCGGGGCAGUUGGGCUUCGGCUUCACUUGGGUUCUGGUUCACCGAGCUGAUAGAGAGAAAUUCACAAUUCCAUAGCUGGUGUUUCCGGAAACGACCCAACAUGUUCUGGAUGACAGGAUUUUUCAAUCCGCAGGGAUUCUUAACCGCCAUGCGUCAGGAAGUCGCACGGGCCCACAAGGGAUGGGCGUUGGAUAUGAUCACUCUUCAUAACGACGUAACUCAGAUGCUAACGGAAGAGUGCAAGGUAACACCACCGGAAGGAGUUUAUGUUUACGGUCUGUACAUAGAUGGGGCUGGAUGGGACAAACGGUUCAUCCGUUUGCAGGAAGCCACGAACAAGGUUCUGUACUCACCCAUGCCAGUGAUACACGUUUACGCCAUCAAUUCCACUGCACCAAAAGAUCCAAAGCUAUACGAGUGUCCAGUCUAUAAAAAGGCCAAUCGAACUGAUUUGAACUAUAUCACGCCGCUAUGGUUGCAAACAGCUAAACCACCGGAACACUGGGUUCUACGCGGAGUCGCUCUUUUGUGUGAUAUCAAGUAAACGGGUCACUCUUGAAUCAACCCGAAAAAACUUGUGGCUGCAAAGGCAAGUAAAUGAUGUCAGGAAACAUUAUAACUUCUAAAUUGUCAUACAAACUGAAAUCAAUAAAUGAUGAAUAAAACACUAAGCAAA